AUGAGCAAAGAGCAGUCGCCCAACGACGACCCAAAUAAGUCAGCGGAUGAAAAUCGCCUGAUUGCAGAGCGCCGGCAGAAACUGGCCGAAAUGAAAGCUGAGGGCGUUGCGUAUCCCAAUGGACUGAUGCCCACCCAUCAAUGUGACGAACUGGCUAGCCAGUACGCAGAUCACACCAAGGAAGCCCUCGAAAAGGGGGCUUUUGAGGUCAGCGUUGGCGGCCGGCUUAUGGCUCGGCGGGUAAUGGGCAAAGCCAGUUUUGCAACGCUGCGUGAUGGCACUUCAGACCUGCAGCUUUUUUUGCAGCGAGACGUGCUGGCUGAAGGGCAGUACGCAAAAUUUAAGCGUUGGGAUCUGGGCGAUAUCGUCUUUGUUCGAGGCGUGAUGUACCGCACCAACAAGGGUGAGCUGUCCGUGUCGGUGGCUGAAAUAACACUGUUGAGCAAAUGCUUAAGGCCGCUGCCUGAGAAGUUUCACGGUCUGACGGACCAGGAGAUGCGUUAUCGCCAGCGCUAUGUUGAUCUGAUCGUUAACGAAUCGUCCCGGCAGGUAUUUCGCCAGCGCGCCCAGGCUGUGAAGUUCAUCAGGGACUUCCUCGAGGAGCGGGCGUUUCUUGAGGUAGAAACGCCAAUGAUGCAUUACAUUUCCGGCGGCGCUGCAGCAAAGCCUUUUACCACCCAUCACAAUGCGCUGGACCUGGAUCUCUACCUGCGGGUGGCGCCAGAGUUGUACCUUAAGAGGCUCACCGUAGGCGGAUUCGAAAAGGUCUACGAAAUCAACCGCAAUUUCCGCAAUGAGGGUGUGUCGACUCGGCAUAAUCCAGAGUUCACCAUGCUGGAGUUUUACUGGGCCUACGCCACGUUCCACGAUUUGAUGGAUCUGACCGAAGCGCUGCUGCGCGGGCUGGCUGAGCGGGUCACUGGCAGCGCCCAGCUAACCUAUCAGGGGAUGAACCUGGACUUUGCUCAACCGUUUCAACGCAUCACGGUGGCGCAGGCCGUCCUGGACCACAAUCGCGGGUUAUCUGAGGGCGACCUAAGACACGUUGCCGCGCUGCGCGCACACGCCCAGGAACUGGGUAUUGCAGUCAAUGAUGGGUGGGGCUGGGGCAAGCUGCAGAUGGAAAUCUACGAGGAUACGGUGGAAGCCAAGCUGACCCAGCCAACGUUUGUGACGGAGUAUCCAACCGAGGUGUCGCCAUUGUCGCGCUGUAACGACAACGACCCGGAACUGACAGAUCGAUUUGAACUGAUCAUUGCGGGGCGGGAAAUAGCCAACGGAUUUUCCGAGCUUAAUGACCCGGAAGAUCAGGCGGAGCGGUUUCGCCAACAGGUUGCCAACCAGGCUGCCGGUGAUGAUGAAGCCAUGCAGUAUGACGCUGAUUAUGUGCGAGCGCUGGAGUACGGUCUGCCGCCCACAGCAGGUGAAGGCAUCGGCAUCGAUCGCCUGGUGAUGCUGCUGACCGAUUCACCCUCAAUUCGAGACGUCCUGCUGUUUCCCUACAUGCGGCCGGACGAUUGCCAAAGCGCGCCGCCUGUUGAGGCGCUGUCGCUGGAUGAGGCGUUUCUGGAUGUUUCUGCGAGCCAUCGACUGCAUGGUGAUGGCGUGACUAUUGCCGGCAAAAUUCGCGAGGACAUUCGCAGUGAGCUUAAUCUCACGGGCUCGGUUGGGGUGGCCAGCAAUAAGUAUCUGGCCAAAAUCGCCUCAGAUAUCAAUAAACCCGAUGGUAUGACCGUGGUGCCAGAUCCGCCCCAGCCAUUUCUUGAUCCGUUGCCGGUGAGAAAAAUCUGGGGAGUUGGAGUCAAGUCCGCCGAACGUUUGGCGACCCUGGGCAUUAAAACGAUUGGCGAUCUUCGAAGACUUCCGGACGGUCGCCUGAACGCCCUGUUGGGGCGAUCGGCAGUCCGGUUGGCGGAACUGGCGCGGGGCAUUGAUGACCGGCCGGUAGUGCCUGAUCGUGGUGACAAGUCCAUCAGCCAUGAAGAAACCUACGGCACCGACCUGACGGAACUGCUGGACUGUGAUCGACAGGUGAUGGAGCUGGCCUGCGCCGUCGGCGCAAGACUUAGAAACAAAGACCUUUGCGGUCAGGUCGUGCGGAUCAAAAUCCGCCUUGGCGACUUCACCACGCUGAGCCGACAACGGUCACUGCAGGCGCCGAUCAACGACGACCAAAGCCUCAGCGCGGCCGCCAGGGACCUGUUGCGUCGCUGGUGGCGAAUACACCCGGACUGCGCUAUCAGGCUGCUGGGUGUUGGCGUCAGCCAUCUUCAGCAAGUCAGGCAAACCGAUUUAUUUGGGCCAUCUCAGGCCAGUCAAAUUGACGCCAUCAAAGACCGAAUCAGCGAUCGCUUCAAAAACGCCGGGUUGCGGCCUGCUGCGCUGGUAAAGAAGCCGGUCAAACCGGCCGAUCAAUAA